AGAGGGAUGCGGAGGGAUAGAUUGAUUGAAGGAAAUGGGGAGGGAGAAAGUGAGAAAGAAAGAGUGAGACUAAUUGAGUGAUGAGGGAAGGAGGAGUUUCGGCGCAAAAGUGUACUGGCAGUUUGGGUGAGAAAGCGGUUUGUGUGGAGCGGAACCUGAAGCUGUGUCUCACACCCCCUGCGCUCUCACACUCCCGUUAGCCGCGUCACUCAGUGUCGGCUCAGGACCUGGUUUGCGCGCUCUCUCUGCCUCUCGGAGUCGGUAGUGUGUUCGCGGUAGUUUUUCCACUCGGUUUACGGUUCGGCGGUGCUCAUGGCGGACGGCGCUCCGAGCGGCAGUGGCAGCGACGGCGAGGAGAAGGGCGCGCGCAUCCGCGGGUUCGCGCGCCAGGGCGCGCUCCGCCAAAAAAACGUGCACGAGGUCAAGGACCACAAGUUCAUCCCGCGUUUCUUCAAGCAGCCCACCUUCUGCAGCCACUGUACCGACUUUAUCUGGGGUUUUGGAAAACAAGGAUUUCAGUGUCAGGUUUGCUGUUUUGUGGUGCAUAAGCGCUGCCAUGAGUUUGUCACCUUCUCCUGUCCUGGAGCAGAUAAAGGCCCGGCGUCGGAUGACCCACGGAGCAAACACAAGUUUAAGGUGCAUACGUACUCAAGUCCGACCUUCUGCGAUCAUUGUGGCUCCCUGCUGUAUGGGCUGAUCCACCAGGGCAUGAGAUGUGACCAUUGUAUGAUGAAUAUUCAUAAGCGUUGUGUUGCCAAUGUGCCAAGCCUGUGUGGAACCGAUCACACUGAACGCAGAGGACGCCUCGAGAUAACUGCUAACAUCAAGAACAACGUCCUCACCGUCUGCAUCAAGGAAGGAAGAAACUUGGUUCCGAUGGAUCCGAAUGGCCUUUCUGACCCGUACGUGAAGCUGAAACUCAUUCCUGAUCCGAAAAGCGAGAGCAAACAGAAGACCAAGACUAUAAAGUGCUGCCUGAAUCCAACAUGGAACGAGACCUUCACAUUUAAUCUGAAGGAAUCCGAUAAGGACCGCAGGUUAUCAGUGGAGAUGUGGGACUGGGAUUUGACCAGUAGGAAUGACUUCAUGGGCUCCCUCUCGUUCGGCAUCUCGGAACUCCAGAAACAAAGUGUGGAUGGCUGGUUUAAGCUGCUGAGUCAGGAGGAGGGUGAGUACUUUAAUGUGCCUGUCCCACCUGAGGGAGAUGAAGGAAAUGAGGAGCUGAGACAAAAACUUGAGAGAGCUAAAAUAGCUUCUGUUGCUAAAAAGACAGACUCGUCUGUAUCCAAGUUGGACAAUAAUGGAAAUAAAGACCGGAUGAAGCUUUCUGACUUCAACUUCCUCAUGGUGCUUGGAAAAGGGAGCUUUGGCAAGGUUAUGCUUGCUGAUAUGAAGGGAACAGAUGAGUUAUUUGCUAUAAAGAUUCUGAAGAAAGACGUGGUGAUUCAGGAUGAUGAUGUGGAGUGUACCAUGGUGGAGAAGAGGGUGCUGGCACUUUCUGGAAAACCUCCUUUUCUCACCCAAUUACAUUCCUGCUUCCAGACCAUGGAUCGGCUGUACUUUGUAAUGGAAUACAUUAACGGAGGAGAUCUGAUGUACCAAAUCCAGCAGGUCGGAAAGUUCAAAGAGCCACAUGCAGUGUUUUACUCUGCGGAGAUUGCCAUAGGCCUGUUCUUCUUGCACCUUAAAGGCAUAAUAUACAGGGAUUUGAAGCUAGAUAAUGUAAUGCUGGAUGCCGAAGGUCACAUAAAGAUUGCUGAUUUUGGGAUGUGUAAGGAGAACAUGUUCGAGGGAGGGACCACCAAAACGUUCUGUGGUACCCCGGACUAUAUUGCUCCUGAGAUCAUUGCGUAUCAGCCAUAUGGGAAGUCAGUGGACUGGUGGGCCUUUGGGGUGCUGCUGUAUGAAAUGCUAGCUGGACAGCCCCCAUUUGACGGAGAAGAUGAGGACGAACUGUUCCAGUCCAUCAUGGAACAUCAUGUGUCGUAUCCCAAAUCAAUGUCUAAGGAGGCAGUGGCCAUCUGUAAAGGACUAAUGACGAAGCACCCUGGAAAACGUCUAGGAUGUGGCCCUGAGGGGGAGAGAGACAUCCGAGAGCAUGGCUUUUUCCGCUACAUGGAUUGGGAGAAGCUUGAGAACAAAGAGGUUCAACCACCAUUCAAACCUAAAGCUAAAAACAGCCGAGAUACAUGCAACUUUGAUCGCGAGUUCACGAAGAUGCCAACGGAGCUCACACCGACUGAUAAACUCUUCAUCAUGAAUCUGGAUCAAGAUGAGUUUCUUGGAUUUUCCUACACAAAUCCAGAAUAUGUCGCUCCGUCGUACUGAUGAAAACUAUUUUAGAAAUGACCUUAGACAAAGGGUUUAUCCCACCUGUAGUGUUCACUAUUUAGCAAUGUUUGCAUCCCAGAAGCUGCCCUGGAAGAUUUUCUAGCAAUACAGUUCUCCAUUUUUGUAUCACAACUCACAAAAACUCAGGUUUCUGAGAGCUUGCUAAUAUUUAAUCUACAUUUAAAGCAACACUGUAAGCAGUGUGAUGCAAAUUAAUGGAUAAAGCUAAUAGUGGCAACACUGGCUCUUAUUUUAAAACCAGACCCGCUGUAACGAAGGUCAAAUUCUUUCCCUGAACCAGAUAUUAUCAGUCUAUAUUUUUCACAUGCAAAAAUGUGCCAUUUCUCAGUCCUUAUUAUCUGCUAUACAUCCCACCAUCAAUCCCUUUUUUUGCACCAACUCUAAUGUAGUCCCACCAUCACCACACCCACAAUCUUUAAAUGAUAAACUGUUAUGUAAAAUUUUAUAUUUAACUUGACCUCACAUUGAACACAUUGAAUAUUUCAAAAGUGCAAUUAUGACUAUAGUUGACUCAUCAAAAAAUAUCAAAUAUUUAAAAGUGGCAACUCUAUGGGGCAGCCUGGAAAAAAAAAACAAUCUGAAAUCUCUACAGCCGAAUUCUGAAAUAAAAAAUAUAUAUAUAAAAUAAAAAUAAAUAUGCUUUUUAGACUUUUAGUUAUGAUGAACAUAUUUUACCAAAAACAUUCAAAAAUGUUAGGCUUCUCUCCUUGGCAAGAUAAUACUGGCAGUAUUGACUGAAUAGUUAAGGCUCCAGGUUACUGAUCAGAAGGUCAAGAGCUCAAAAUGCCAUGCUAUCAUCUUUAUGCCCUUAACCCUUUCUGCUCCAGGGGCACUGUGUCAUAGCUGAACUUGCCCUCUGACCCCAGCUUCUUAACAAGCUGGGAUAUGCAAAGAACAGAGAGUUUCAAUGGGCUGUAAAGUAUAUGUCAGAAAUAAGCUCUUUCUCUAAUAACAGUUAUGCAUGGAGGCAAACUUGGCAUUAAAUCUGAAUCCUUUUUUGACCAUGGUUAAAAUUCAAGCAUUUUAUUGUGUGGUUGUCCCCAAAAGCGAAAAUAAAGUUUAGUUAAUUAUCUACAUUUAAGUAUAGUAUAUAUAUUGUGGUGAAUUAUACAUUCACAAUGGGAAAUGAGUUCCAGUGAUUGCUAGCUGAAUAGAUUAUGCUAUAUAUAUAUAUAUAUAUAAAAAAAUGUACAUUUAUUUAAAAUGUAUUUCAUUUGGAGGCAACCUGACUUUAAAAUGCCAGGAUUCUAUCUGUGGUUCAGAUAGAAUUUAGUUUAGGAAAUGUAAAAUCUGCCAAUGUGUCUGGUUAUUUAACACACUGACUUAAAAAGCAACUGCUAUUCAUUCAUUUCAUUUGCAUUACACUUGAUAUGUAUUGAAUAAAUUAUGCAAAUGAAAAUAAAUCUCCAUGAAAACUAAUCUAACUGUUUAUACCUAUGUAUGGGCAGGUUAUACAUGCCUGUAUUAAUAGCCUACAAAAUAAAAUGAGUCAAUGUUGGAUGAUGUAACGUAAAAAUCAGAGCAUACUCAGAAUUUAUUUUUUUUUUUUUGUCAUCAUUUACAAAAUAACCUAGAAGGUUUCAUGCUUUCUAGAAACCAUGACCUGGCAUUACAUUUCUGCACCGUUACUUCCUGUAAAUCUGGAAGAAUCUUUUAACCAUCUGAAAAGGCACUGUUUUCUCUAUGCCUUACACUGAAUGUCAUAUUGCUGUUAAACAGGAAGUGCAGUAAAUUAAGAAAAAAGCAUAACCGACAAAUUGCCAAACGGGCAAUUAAAAAAAAACAAAAAACAACAACAGCACCGUGCUCAAUUAUUCAUCCAUGGCUCAUUAUUUCUUCUCCCUCUGCAUUUUUGCUCUGUUUGAUCGUGGCACGUUGGGUUGAUGUUUAAUUCACCAUCUCGAUACUCAUUAUGCAAGAAAUAUCAUUAUCUCCCCUGGAUCACAAUUUAUUCACACAGUACGGACCUGAAGACAUCCGGAAAUCAAUAUAUUCAAUGUGUAUUGAGUUUGAAUCGUCAAUUUAUUUCAAAUCAUUUAAACAAGAAAGACAACGACGAGAUGAAAAGGUAAAAGCUGUCAAGAUAAAAGCAGCACGUGAUUGAGAAAGUAAAAUGAAUUAAAACAAGGACCCCAAAAGACUGAUGGACUUUUCCAGAGAAGAAUCUUUGCCAGAAAGAGAAGAUAUCUAAAAGAGUUAUAAAAAAAAAAGCGGAAAAAGCUAACAAAAUGCUUUCUGACUAUUGGGUAGCUUACAUCAGUCUGGCUCCCAUCUUGCAGUGCAUUGUGGGAUUUCCCCCAUAUACCCUAAAUAUUCUAUGGUUUAUUACUAUGCUUCACUGUAUACGAUAGUUACAAGGCUUCCAAUGUAGUGCACUACGCAGUGCACAGGGUGUGUUCAGCGACAUACAAAAGAGUGAAUACCUAAAUAAGAUUAUUUAAAUUUGUACUUUUGCAUGAUAUCUGUAGUUUUCAUUGAUUCUCUGACAGCUGAGUACACUGCCUGUGUAAA